AUCGGGGAGUAAUUGUAGAGCGUUGGUCCAAGCUGGGCCAAGCAAUGAUACUUCUCGCUGUCAUUAAUAAUUCCAACUUAGUGAAGUGGUCCAGCGUCCUUUCAAACUGUUCCGUCGAGAUAAUACGAUGCACGCGAUACUCUAAGGGCGGACGUACCUUUCACGCUCGACGUGUUUUAAUGAGGUGAACGUCCCAUCAAACACGAUAGCAGUGUCAGUUCUUUGUGAAUAACUGGAAAUCGAUUGAGCUAUCACUGGAAAUAUGGAGGGUGGAGUGAUCGAGAGUCCAGUGUCCUCCGUGUCCAGGACGUACAGCGAUGAAGUCGCCUUGGAGGGGUUUUGCAGUCCCCGGAGACUCUUCUACAGGUUCCUGGGCCUGGCACUGAUGUGUUUGCUCGGCUUCGGUUCUUACUUUUGCUAUGAUAAUCCCGGAGCACUGCUAGACAAUUUUAUAAAAGAUCUGAAUUUGACCACCACUAAACUUGCAUUACUUUACUCAAUUUACUCCUGGCCAAACGUGAUUUUGUGUUUCAUCGGAGGAUUUUUACUGGAUAGCUACUUUGGAAUACGAAUGGGAACCGUGAUAUACAUGGGGAUUACAUUGAUCGGGCAACUUGUCUUCGCAUCUGGUGCAAUCACAGAUGCUUUCUGGCUCAUGAUGCUAGGACGAUUCAUCUUUGGGAUCGGAGCAGAAUCCCUGGCUGUGGCACAGAAUAGCUACGCAGUCCUCUGGUUCAAAGGCAAAGAAUUAAACAUGGUCUUUGGACUGCAACUGAGUUUCGCCCGAGUGGGAUCGACUGUUAAUUUCUUGGCUAUGGAACCAGUUUACAAAUAUGUGGCUCGAUUCUACAGUGGUCCCUAUUGUAUCGGCAUAGUGCUAUUUCUUGCAUCCUUAACAUGUGUCGGAUCUAUGAUCUGUGCUUGUUUACUGGCACUUAUGGAUCGGCGAGCAGAAAGAUUAUUAAGACGUGGAGAGGGCCAGGAACCUGUCAAGGUUCACCUAACGGAUGCGAAAGAUUUCAAAGGGCUUUUCUGGAUGAUAUCGAUAAUUUGCGUGGCUUAUUAUGUGGUCAUAUUCUCUUUUCUUGCCCUUGGAAAGAUGUUCUUCGAACAGAAGUACCAGUAUGAACCAAGUGCAGCGAAUGCUGUAAAUUCCUUGGUAUAUACAAUUUCUGCAUUUGCCUCUCCGCUUUUAGGAUAUAUUGUGGAUAGGACUGGGAAAAAUGUGUUCUGGGUAUUUACCAGUAUUUUGGGAACUAUUCUUGCAUAUUCCUUACUGGCUUUUACGUACCUCAACCCAUACAUCGGUAUGGCUAUCACAGGAUUGUCAUAUUCAAUGUUGGCUAGCAGUUUAUGGCCUCUUAUUGCUUAUGUCGUUCCAGAACAUCAGCUCGGCACAGCUUACGGAAUUGCUCAAGCUGUGCAGAACUUGGGUUUGGCGGUAGUUUCCAUUGUGUCGGGCAUAAUCGUCGACAAGGAAGGAUAUUUAGUAUUGGAAAUAUUUUUUAUCGGUUGGCUGUGGAUUGCAUUGAUCACAUCAAUGGUGAUCUGGAUAGUCGAUGUGAGAACGAACAAUGGUUAUUUAAACAUGACUCCUGGUCAGCGUGAGAAGUUUGAAGAAGGUCGGCAAGCCUUGGAAUCUCUGGAGAGGGAAAAACUAUUGUCGACAGCUUCUACUUCAGAUUUAUCAGCUGACGAUCUUCUACAACCUCAGUCUGACAUAAGAAUAAGGAAUCGUUACUUGGCUCGUAUUGGUGCAAGGAUACCAGUGACGGCGAGAGCUCCUGUCUGCCGUGCGCUACGAUGAUGUACAUUUAGCAUGAAUUCAACCAGGAUAUAAUAAAUUAUGUUACAACAUGGAAGUGUUCAGAGCAAUUACACUCGCUGCACAUUCUAAUCGUGCAGCUAAAUCUGUGAUAAUGUCUGAAAUAGUAGAAAUGAAAUGGACGAUCGAUAAAACGUAUCGUUGAUAUCGUGCGUAAGCAUGUGACUGAUAUAGAUCUGGCUCUCCUUAAGAUGUGUAUAAGUUUCUUCCAAGAAACAAAUAUCGAGCCUAUUUAUGGAGUGCAUAAUUUUUCUACACUUUAACUGUUACAUUCUACAAAACGUAUAUCAUGAUUAUCUCUCCUGCCAAUACCAGUUCCACAUACUGGAAUAUCAAUGGCAUGUAGAUGUAGAUAAUAAAUGACAAGUUAUUAAUUUUACAUUGAAGAAGUUAUGUACAGUCUCGAAAUAAUAAAUAUUCUCCUGUAUCUGGGUUUCAUUUUUUUCCUAACUCUAUCGUUUAAAAUUUUGCAAAUUUUCGUUUUUCACAGAAGAUAUCAAAGUGAGAGAACAUUGAGAUAACCUCAAAAAUCCUCUUAAAGAUAAAAUUUACGUUUGUGCACAUAAUUGUUCUGUUCAGUUACGUUCCGCACACUAUCGUAAAUUAAUUCUAUGCUAUCAUUUCGUAAAAUAAGUUACUUAACAAAUAAUAUGUCGGUUCCAAACCUUACA